CAGAGGGGUAGAAUCCCCUCCUUUGACCUGCUGCCCACACUGCUUUUGAUGCAGCCCAGGAUACAAUUGGCUUUCUGGGCUGUGAGUGCACAUUGCUGGGUCAUGUCCAGCCUCUCCUCCACCAGCACCUCUCUGAGUCCUUCUCAGCAGGGCUGAUCUCCAUCUGUUCAUCUUCCAGCCCGCAUUCACGCUAGAGGCUGCCCCACGCAAGUGCAGCACUUUUCAUUUUGCUUUGUUAAACCUCGUGAGAUUCCCAUGUGCCCAUACCUAGAGCUUGUCUAGGUCCCUCUGGAUGGCAUCUCAUCCUUCAAGUGUGUCAGCUUGGUGUCAAGGGCAAAUUUACUGAGGGUACACUCAAUCCCAUUCUCUAUGUCACUGAUGAAGUUAUUAAACAGUUCUGGUCCCAAUUCUGAGAGAUACCACUUGUCACUGAUGUCCAUUUGGACUCUGAGCCAUUGACCACUAUUCUCUGGAUGCAACUGUCCAACCAAUUCCUUAUCCACCAAAGAGUCCACACAUUGAAACCAUUUUCCAAUUUUGGGAAAAGGAUGUUGUUGGGGACUGUGUCAAAGGCCUUGCAAAAGUGCAGAUGACUGACAGAUGAUCCAUAACCCUUCCCUAGUCCACUGAUGUAGUCACUCCACUGUAGAAGGCCAUCUUAUCACUACCUUAGUGAUACUAAAAUAUUUUUAGAUGGGUGUGUAAUGCUAUAUGUCCUGGUAGUUGUCAUGGUGAAAAUAAGUUGUAAAUUCUAAAGUAGAGUAGUUUUUUCUUUUUACCUUAUCUAAUUUCAUUUGCUAAGCACUUUACUUUGACCCAUGUAUUUAAUACAUUACUUAGUGUUGAUAUGAAUACAUGCACUUGUAAAGCUACAAAGAAUGGAGGUUUCACAACACAUGUUCCUAGCCUUAAUUAAUGUUAGUUUUAGGAAACUGUAUUGAAUCAGGCAAUUCAGUUCCAGAUUAUGGCUUGAAAUUGAUGAGUAUAAUCAUAGUAUUGAAAGAUUCUGGAGAACUCAUACGGAUAAUGCAAUGUGCAGUGUAAUGAAGUCAUACAUGUAUUAAUGCCAUUUAGUUUAAAGGGAUGGAUGGGUGGUGAGAGCUGGGAAGAUGAUGGGAUGUGUCUGAAUCUAUAUUAGAGAUGCCUUGGAAGACUUGCAUUUUGUUGCAUAUGUAUAUUAAUGUAUUUAUCUGCUCUAUGCAGCAACACCUACAGAAGUUCUCAGGCACGGUUUAUCAUGCAAAGUAACUUGUGUACAUUUCAAUGGGCAAACUGGCAGAUAACUUGUGUGCAAUGAUAGUACACACAAAUUAUGUUCAUAACCUCUACUCUCUUAUCCUUCAGGGAACAACCCAUCUUCAGCACCCGAGCUCAUGUCUUCCAAAUUGACCCAAACACUAAGAAGAACUGGGUUCCCACCAGCAAGCAUGCUGUUACUGUGUCCUACUUCUAUGACAGCACAAGAAAUGUCUACAGGAUAAUCAGUUUGGAUGGCUCAAAGGCAAUAAUAAAUAGCACCAUCACUCCCAACAUGACAUUUACUAAAACAUCCCAGAAGUUUGGCCAGUGGGCAGACAGCAGGGCUAAUACAGUCUAUGGCUUGGGAUUUUCAUCUGAACACCACCUUUCAAAAUUUGCUGAAAAAUUUCAGGAAUUCAAAGAAGCUGCACGAAUAGCAAAGGAAAAAUCCCAUGAAAAGAUGGAGCUAACAAGUACACCCUCUCAAGAAUCAGCUGGAGGGGAUAUUCAGUCUCCUUUAACGCCGGAAAGUAUUAAUGGCACAGAUGACGAGAGAGCGAUGCCAGAAGUGACGCAGAACUCAGAACCAAGGGCUGAACCAACACAGAAUGCAUUGCCAUUCACUCAUAGUUCGACAAUCAGCAAGCAUUGGGAGGCAGAACUGGCCACACUCAAGGGUAAUAAUGCUAAGCUCACAGCAGCCCUGCUGGAGUCCACUGCCAAUGUGAAACAAUGGAAACAGCAACUUGCUGCUUAUCAGGAGGAAGCAGAACGUCUUCAUAAGCGGGUGACUGAGCUAGAGUGUGUGAGCAGUCAAGCCAAUGCAGUCCACACACAUAAAACAGAAUUAAAUCAGACAAUACAGGAGUUAGAGACUACACUGAAGAAAAAAGAAGAGGAAAUAGAAGGAUUGAAACAAGAAAUCGAAAAUGCCAGAGAGCUCCAGGCACAGAGGGAUUCUCUGACCCAGAAGUUACAGGAAGUAGAAAUUCGAAACAAAGACCUGGAAGGCCAGCUCUCUGAUCUAGAGCAACGUCUGGAGAAAAGUCAGAAUGAGCAAGAAGCUUUUCGCAAUAACUUGAAGACACUUUUAGAAAUUCUUGAUGGAAAAAUAUUUGAACUAACAGAAUUACGAGAUAACUUGGCCAAGUUAAUAGAAUGCAGUUAAAGAAAAUGGGAUUUCAGUGCCAAUCAGCUUAAAGAUGCACUGUCUCUCUUCAUAGGACUGUGUUGGGUUCUGCAUCAAAGUUGCACAAAAUUAGAAAAUGCUCCUCUGAGAGGGAUUGUUUUAAAUUUGAGUUGUAUUUAAAUGUAAAAUUUAGAACUCAACUUGUAACUAGUUGAAGAAAAAAAUAAGAAACAAAAAAACUUGAAUUGCAAAUUGCCUCCUUGCACAUUAUUGGCCACAAAUAACUUGAAAGAUAUUAAUAAUAAUUGAAUGCAAUCCUUUUCUAAUUAUCAGUGAUGGAAGAAUUAGCAGUGUCCCAGGUCACAUCCCCUUUUUGUGAUAGAUACAAUAGAGGUUUUUUGCUCUUUAAUUUAUUUAAGAUAUUUAAUUGCUGUGUUUUGUGCAAGAACUUAGUGAUGACAGCCCUGUAUUUUGUUGAUCAUAAUAAUUUCUCAGGAUAUGUUGCACUGUGGAGAAGCAGUGCCGGUACCAAUUUAUUCUUGCCAGGAAUGAGAGAGAGUUGCAUCUUUAAUUGAAACAAAUUUACUGUAACAGCUUGUAUAAAGUUCUUCUUUUUUGGGUUUUUUUGGUUGUUUGGUUGGUUGUUUUUUGAUUUUUUAUAGAUAUAUAUAUACUGGAAGAUACAGUAUUUCCAGUAUUUCUUUAUGGAGCUACUCUGGUGUUCUACAAUAUUGUACAAUGUAAGGUUUACUUUUUCAUGUGAAUUCCAUGUAAUUACAGUGAGAUAGUAUCUUCCACUUAACUAUAUUUUGAAGCCAACCAAUGAUGGAAGGUGAGUCCCCUAGGGGAAAAAAAGCCCCAAACCCCCUGAGAAUUUUAAAUGUAAAUUUAAAAUUUUAAAUUUGACCUGCACAGACAACAAGGAGUGGCCAGUUGUUUGUUUUCUGGCCUUGAAUGUUCAAUUAACUGUUAACCUGCUCUGCGGGAGGCUUUUUCAGAAUGUGACAUGAAAUUCAGGUUCUGUGAAUAAUGACUUAUGGGGAGCACUGUUUUGUUACAGAUUGCACUAAGGGCAUAGAGCUAUUGCAAGGGAUUGCUCAUAUACUGAACUUGUCUAGACAAGAAGGCUGUUUCUUGAAGUUUUGUUGUCAUAGCAAACUGAAUUGAAUUCAUGUUUACUCUUUUAUGGGUCUUCAUAUCGCAUCUUUAUCAAAACUACACCAGGCAAUAUUCUGAACUGUUAAUUAAGCAUUUAAAAACAGGAAAUUGAAUUCAAUUACCCUCCAUAAGCAGGUUUUAAAAUUGUUUUGGUGUAAUUUUAACAGACUUUUGGCAAACACACAUUUCUUUAUAUAAUAGAUUUAUUUAAAAAAACCCCAACCCCUUGAAAGGUAAGCCAAGUGUCAUGUGUCUUGCAUCACAGUGCAUUCUUGCCAUAAAUUGCUUGUAAUGUUGAAGAGGGCUUUUUUAAAAUGGAUGAAUGAGUGCCAGACUUCAGAGUUGAAAGAUGCACGAACCCUUGUUUGCUCCCCAAGUUAAUUUGAAUGUUAAACGUGAAGUCUAGCUGCUUUGUACAACACAAUUUUCUUCACUUAGAGACUGAUAAUCAAAACUAGAAAAGAUAAGUUUGUUUUCAUGUGUGUACUGUGUGUAUAUACCAUAUAAUACACACGGGUUGUCAUUUAUACUGGAAAGACAUGCUUUAUUUCUAAAAUAUCCUUUUUUUAAUUUACCAGUGAUUUUUCAGGUCUCCCCUGACUAGUCAGGGAAAUGGCUUAGGUCAAAUGCUAAACUGUCAUGUAUUAUAUGGAAUGUAAUAUACACAAUGUUUACGCUUUCUCCAUAUUUUUUAGGGUAUUUUCUCACAUUUAUUAAAGGGGUGGGGGGAGCUUGUUUCAUUGUGCUACUGGUUGAAAACUGUGGUGAACUAUGUGUUUUUUCAUUCAGGGGAUUUUAGACAGUGAUGUGUAUAUCUUCAUCAGGUCCAGAUGAGCAGACACAGCCAGUUUUUAAUUUUCCUGGGGAUAUUUGGGCCUGAUUCUCCUGUCACUUGUGCUGCUGUAAACAUAUGUCCUUGAUGUGAUGUCAGCAACAUUCCGUUGGCAUAACAUCUGUGGAAGUGCACGGAGAAUUUGGCCUGCUAAUGCUCAGUGGACAUAAUAAGGAUGAAGAAAGAAUAAAAAGUUAAUGAUGGAAUAAAUGUAAUAUUAUUUUUAAUGAUAUUAUUAUUGACAUUUUUAAAGAUAUGAUGUCAUACGUGUGGGGAAAGAGUGGACUGAAAUAUUUCCACUUAAAUUUUGUGAGUAUGUGUGGUACAUGAGCAUUUCUAUGUGUAAGUACACACACAUAUGUAUAUACAAAACGUGGAAAAAUUUAGAUGUGCACAUUUUUAAUAUUUUCCUAUUGAAAUUAAAUUUAAAAUUGGAAAUUGAUAUUUGAGAAUUUCUUUUCUCAUAGAGUAGAUAUUCUUCGUUUCUUUUUUUUUUUUUUAAAUAAUACAAUUACUGAGGGCUGCACCUUUGAAUUCCCAAAUAGUUGCCAAACAUAAAUAUGGGAUAAGGUGGACAUACGUGCACAUAUAAAUAAAAUCCUAUGUCUAAGACUAUUUUUAAUGCUUAUGUACAGUAGGUAAGUGUUUAGAAAUUGUGAUCUAAAGUUCAUAGUUAGGUGGCUAUACCUACUGUAGCCUCUCCACUUCUGUUUUAAGAUAAAAUUUUUCUGGUUUAAAGCAUUACUGUCCAAGAGACAGAUACUGUACAUUGUAUCUAUCUUUGAUGAAACUAUGGGAAUAUGUAUACAAGAACAGUGUUCAGUACAAUAGCCUGAAAACAAGACCAUGAACUUGCACUGGAGGGGAGAGCAGUCACUUUGUGUAUAACUUGUUACAUGGCAACUACAGUCUUGUAAAAAAACAAAGCAAAAAGAAUUACCAUAAGCCUCACAGAAAUACAGAAAUAAUAAUAAUAAAAAUAAAUAAAUUUUUAAAAAGGAAAAGAAAAACAAGAGGAGAAAAAGAGAAAAAUCAAAACCACAGUUUUUUUAUUUUGGAAUACACUUGCUGUUCUCCGGAGAAUGUACUUUUACUCUUUUUUUCUUUUUUCUUCUUAAAUCUUUUCAAGUAUGUGCAAGUGACAGCAGCAGCUACCUUAAUCUUUCAGGUGCUACUGGAUUUUGCAUUAGCAUGUUAUGUUGUGAAAUCCUGACUCUGACAUAAAAGAUUUUUGUAAGUAUAUCCCCAUCUGGAUAGCUAGUUUUUGGAGUGUCUUGUUCACAAUCCAUAUACCUAUGUGGACAAAGUAAAACAUGUGAAUUAAACUGUCUGUUACAGACUGGGAGUUCCUUUUCCUGGCCAGUAUAUCCAGGAAAGAGGAGGGGAAAAAAAUGAACUGAUAAUACAGAAAUGCUGUUAUAAGGUCUCUAAGAAAAUACAUUUUCAGGUAAAAUAUAAAUAAAUAAAUAAAGGGCUAAACCAGAUGUAACACAAAUAAGAAUUGUUUAAUGCUAUCAGUGGCAUUCCCAGGAUAAUUCCUUUAAAGAAAACCCUGCAAGAAUGAACAAUGCAUCAAUUAAAGAUUAAUAUUUUGGGAUCUGUCUUCGGUUGUCAGUUGCGAAAGGUUUCUGAUUUCUGCUCAUUUUUCUACCUGUUAGAGAUUAGCUUCAGGUUUAUCUUCAAUAAGAGGCUAAACCUCAAUUCAUUCUAUAUCAUCUUAUAUAUUCUGUACUGAAGUGGCUGCUGAACAGCGCUCUGUGUACACUGCAUCCAAAACCAAAUUCAUUUUCAGAAAUACCACAUGGAGAGAGGAAUGGAAAGCUCUUGCAGACCAUCACUCUCUGGGGAUAUCAGUACUGUGGAUAUCAGUAAAAACACUUAACUUGGUUGAUUGCAGAAAUCUUGGAUCAUGAGGCCAAAGAUAAAUCUAAAUAGAGAUUAGGUCUGGAUCUCAAAAGACAAUUAAAAAAGGACCAGCAAGAAACUCCAUCCAAAUGUGCGUAGUUCAGUCUCAGUAACUGGACAUGCCAGUUAAGUGCACACCUAUAUGUCAACGGGUUUUUUCAGGAAAUGGACCUGACUCUGCAAAGCAAUGUUCAAAUUGUCUUGUUUACAUUUUCUUAGUAAUGCUGCAUAUGUGCACUACCUCUGAACGGUGCUGAGCAGAGAGCAUAUCACUAAAUAACACGUAAUUGAAAAUCUCUGGUUUUGCUUAGUAGCCUUAGUUCCUCGUUGUACUCCACUUACUUCAGACAAGUAGGAUUAAUUUUCCCUAUUAUGCUAAAUGUUUUGGAACAACGAGCAGAGUUUUUUGUUAGAUUCUGAAAUCAGUCCAGCUCAUGUCCACUGUUCUGGCCGUGCAACCUAGCCAGAAAGCAGGUGCGAGUGUAGAUAUCACAAUACCUCUAGAUACUGUAGACAGAAGUGGGUUUUCACACCAUAUGGGGUCUCAUAGCUUGCCCACCAAAACCUCUCAGGGACCUGUAGUCGCCAGAACUGCUUCUGCACUGCUGGCAGCUCAUCGUAGGACCAAAGAGACACAAUAUACCCAUUUUUUUCCUCAUUGUGAGUCUUGCACAAGCAGAGCUCAUAUGCAACAGUACAUCCGGGCAGGUUUUAUCACUUGCAGAUGAAGGCAUGGGAAGGAGAGUGACUAUCAAAAAUGGUUUCAAUUUGGGGCAGGGUGGGGGGAACACAGAUUUCAAAAAGAUUUCCUGUGUGGAACCUUUGUGUAGCUGUAAAAUAGGCAAGAAUGGUUUGCAUAGGAAAGGACACAGACUACCUGAAAGGAUCUCACUUUCCUAGGUGUUCACAUCAGGCUGGCAUUGAGCACACCUGGCUUGCCAAAACUCUACUAUGAUUGCUAUAGGCUUCUCAAGGUCAGCACUGAGGGUGUGUUUCAUGGACACAGCUGAAGUCCGUACAGGCUGCCAACCCCCUGUCCUUUCAAUCUUUUACCUUCACAACUCUAGAGGUUUGGUACCAGUUUUAGCCAUCGGUAGUGGUUGUUGAUGCUCCCUGUUUUUUCCUGCCUUCAGUCCCUAUCAGCAGUGGUGUUUGUGUAAUGGAAUUCUGAGCUGGGUUUUAGGGUUUUUCUUUCCUUAACUUCAAAGUAGUUUCCAACUUUCUCCACCCUUGCUCUGGGGGUUCUCAUCUGUUCUUACCUGAGCCUCACCUUACUGCACAGAUCCAGCAGUAUGUCAGCCGCUUUUGCUUUCAUUAGAUUGAGAAUAGCAACCUAGACAUGUUCUUGGAAGACAACUUGCAUUUCUGUGACUGCAGUAAUUCUUGAAGAGGAGGGAUUUUUUUCCCAGUAGAUCAAGAAGGAGGCAGAAACAAGGACCUUCACAAACAAUGCAUGCAUCCAGGUGCUAAGGGGAGAGGAAGAGCUACACUGACAAGGUAUGUGCAAAUAUAAUCUGUGUGUAUGGAUUUAAAUAUGGUCAUGCAGAUAUGUGUAAGGUUAAUAUUUUCAGAGAGGGAACAAGACAUAGGAAAUUCUCUGAGUCUGGCUUUAUUUUGUUAAAUGAUCAAUGGAGUUGUGUCUAAAUAAAACAAAAGAAAUGUGAAGCAAAAUGAUCUUGGACUUGCCUGCAGGAGAGACAUCACAGCCCUUACCUAUGGAUGGAAAUGUAAAAAUUAAAUCUACUUUCUCCACAUCUGAAUAUACAGUUAUUUUUAUAAUCCCAACCAUUUUGUUUCUCAGUAAUCAGUAGCAAUGGAAACCAGAGAUCUGUCAGUGAAAGGCUCAGCUCUCUUUGACUUUCACUUACUGAUAGGAGCCAGGGUAGUAGUACGUACUGAGUGAUUCAAUCCUGCAUCGAGUCCCUGCUGCACAGCCUCACUGCUACACCCCGCUAGCUGCACUCACUGUCUGUCCCAGAAGCAACCCGGGGGUUUGUCCUUUUUUUCACAAGCUGCUUGUUCAAACUGCAGCCAUCAUUACCAGUUGAGCCCUUCUGGUCCAGAGCAUUCUGCACAUUGAGAGUUUUGCUUGGAGGGGAAGAAAACAGGAAAUUUGAUUCUGCAUAUCUUAAAGAAGCACAGUAAUGUAUUGGUUUGAUAUAAACUUCUUUCCCCCACCUCUUUGAAAAAAGAAAUUAUGAAAGCUUUAUUUGAGGUGGUUAUUGUUAUCAUUUGAACCUACAAUUCAAAACUUUCUUUAUCUGGUAUUUCUUGUAUUUUUCCUUUUUUUCUAUGCUCUUUUCUCAGGCUAACAUGGAGCAACCAAGCACAUGUUUACAGUAAAUAUAAGUCCUAAACUGUUUAUGGAAUGAGAAACAUAAAAAUUCAGUGUCGAGCUCAUCCAACAGGCAGAGUGGCAACCCAAAAAAGCCCCAAAACCCACCCACAUAAAAGAUACUGGUCAGUAUGAGAUGGUGACUGAACACCUCAGCCUCAGGGAAGGAGCUGGCCAGCCAAACAUGCCAAGAGAAGAAGUAGUGAGAAAACAUCACAGAUGCUCUAAACAAGCAUUACUGUAACACCAUGAGGACAUAUUUUGAAACAGAGCUGUCUAAAAGAGAGCGAUGCAAGUAUUUUCAGAAAACAGGAGUUUGUAUUCUCCUUACUGAUGAUGACUGCAUUGGCCAAAUAAAGCUUCCCUAUAAGGCAAUUGUAACUCCUCAAGUGAAAAUACAGGAAUAUGUUAGGAUUGGCAGGCUGUUAUCAGAAGAAACGGAGCUGAUUUUCAUGCUAAAACAAAGGGAUCCUAUAUCUGGCAGCAAAAAUUCCCAUCAAGCUAGAGGAUUUCUGUCAUCAGCUAGGACAGGUGACAGGUCUUUGGAAAUGAAUUAUAGCAACAUUGGAAACCUCCAUGAGAGAAACAGUACAAAGAUGAGAGCAGGUUCUGUGCAACUGCUGCAGUGUGCCUGAGUCACUGGGAAAUCUAGCUACAGGACUUAGUAGGUCGGGCAGGUGGCAGGUGGAAAACGGUGCUGAAAGUUCAGAGAGUUUUAAGGGAAUUUUGACACUUGGGCCAAAUUGCGGUAUUGAGCUGGACAUAGGUAUUCUAAAAUACGUAAGGAAGUAAGGCCUCACAGAGUACAGCAUUAGUCAGCUCUGUGGCUGAGCAAACAACCCCACCAGGGACUGCCAGAUUGUCCAAACACACAAUUGCCUCUGUAGCCCUGGCAGUGAGAAGGGUUUACUUGGAGGACAAGAGCAGUUUCAGCAGCCUUUGAGGCUGGUUUUACAGCCUGGGAGGAGCUACUACGGGGCUGUGGAAUUUGCUGUGGCAUUUAAAGUCUCUCUUUUGAGGCACUGCCCCAGAAGAGUGGGCUGCUAUAGAGGCAGUUGUGAGCUGACCUCCCUGACCCCCACCCUGGAUUUUACGUGGCAUGAAUGCUGGCAUGUAGCUACUUGGAAAAUAGCUGGUUACAGUGGUGUGUCAAGGGAUCAGGCCUUCACUGGCUGGAAGGUCUUGACAGAUUUAAGUGAAGAAACUUUAAUUUACAAUAUUUAAGGGUAAGUUGGUUUUAGGUUGGUUUUUUUUGGGUUUUGGGUUUUUUGAUGUUUCAUUUUGUUUUGUUGUUUGUUUGGGUUUUUUUUAAUGAAACUCCACAACUUGCUAAUGCAAUGACAUGUUGAUGGCUUAACAGAGAACACUAUAGUGUCCUCUUGGGAAACAGCUAGGCGCCUUCUACUGGGUGAGCUCCAAAGGGAGCAGAAGCUAAAUUUUGCUCAGCCAAACUGAUACUGACAGUACCACUUCUUAUUCAGAAGCAUCCUUGCAACCAUGAGUAUCCACCAAGGACUGCAGCAGAUCAUCUGGGCCUCAAAAGGCUAGAAGUCUUUAGUUCUCUUGGGCAGCUGAUGGCUAGGAGCAGAACCGAGAUUUAUCCCAGAAGGCUGAUAGUGCAGUCUCAGCAAAUGCUGGCUGGGACACAGAGUUUCUGUUCAAAGUUUCUUAUUGCAAAUUGAAAUUAAAAGCUGAAGACUUCUGCAAAAUGGGACAGAGCAUUUACUUGCAACUGUAACUGCUUUUGAGUAUUUAAAUGUGUUUUAGAUGUAAUAUGUUAAUUUGUACACAAGUCUAAGCAAAGCAUGUCCUGGUAGGCAAUGUGUGGCUCAUGUUCUCCCAGGAAACAUAGCCCAAAUAGACACUUUUCAUAUACUAUUUUUUUUUUUUUUUUUUU